AGGCGGCUGCUGGGCCGGGGCUCGGCUGCGCCUUCGUCUGCCUAAUCCCAUUUGCCAUUGUACGCGCCCAAUCGCUGUAUACUCUCCGCAUUUAACUUGGAUGACAUUUUGAUUUCAUCAUUAGCAUCCGGCGCCGGAUUGACGCAGCCCCGAGCCGGGGACUGCUCUUGCUGCCUCCUCCCCGGGAGCGCAGCCGCCGCCGAGCCGCCUCGCUCCCUCCGAGCCGCGGCCAGGUCGCUCCCCGCCCCUCGGAACCCCUCCCCCCAUGCGAGCCCGCCCCGGCCGGUCCUCACCCCGCCCUCCCGCGGCUCGGUUUGCGCCCGGGGCGGCCCCCGACUUUGCGCCCCAUAGUUGAGUCCCGUUUAUGUUCUGAUUUCCGGCCGUUCGCCGGCUCCCCCGGCCGCCUGCCUGUCCCGCUCGCUCCCUCCCGGGACCCGGAGGAGAGGGGACCAUGCCGGAGCCUGGGCCGGAAGCUGCGGGCACCGCCAGCGCUCAGCCCCCGCCGCCACCGCCACCCUUGCCUCCGGCGCCCAAGGAGUCCCCGUUCUCCAUCAAGAACCUACUCAACGGAGACCACCACCGGCCGCCCCCGAAGCCUCAACCGCCCCCUCGGACUCUCUUCGCGCCAGCCUCGGCAGCCGCUGCCGCUGCCGCCGCUGCCGCUGCAGCCAAGGGGGCCCUGGAGGGCGCCGCGGGCUUCGCGCUCUCGCAGGUGGGCGACCUGGCUUUCCCUCGCUUUGAGAUCCCAACGCAGAGGUUUGCCCUGCCUGCGCACUACCUGGAGCGCUCCCCGGCCUGGUGGUACCCCUACACCCUGACCCCCGCCGGCGGCCACCUCCCGCGACCUGAAGCCUCGGAGAAGACACUCCUGCGAGACUCCUCCCCCGCCUCAGGCACUGACCGCGACUCCCCGGAACCCCUGCUCAAGGCUGACCCCGACCAUAAGGAGCUGGACUCUAAGAGCCCGGACGAGAUCAUUUUGGAAGAGAGCGACUCGGAGGAAGGCAAGAAGGAGGGCGAGGCGGCGCCGGGUGCGGCCGGGGCGAGCGUAGGGGCGGCGUCCGCGACGCCGGGCUACGAGGACUGGAAGAAGGGCGCCGAGAGUCCCGAGAAGAAGCCCGCGUGUCGCAAGAAGAAGACGCGCACGGUCUUCUCGCGCAGCCAGGUCUUCCAGCUCGAGUCCACUUUCGACAUGAAGCGCUACCUGAGCAGCUCCGAGCGCGCCGGGCUGGCCGCCUCGCUGCACCUCACGGAGACGCAGGUCAAGAUCUGGUUCCAGAAUCGCCGCAACAAGUGGAAGCGGCAGCUGGCCGCGGAGCUGGAGGCGGCCAACCUGAGCCACGCCGCGGCGCAGCGCAUCGUCCGCGUGCCCAUCCUCUACCACGAGAACUCGGCAGCCGAGGGCGCGGCGGCUGCCGCUGCAGGGGCCCCGGUGCCGGUCAGCCAGCCGCUGCUCACCUUCCCGCACCCUGUCUACUACUCGCACCCCGUGGUCUCUUCCGUGCCGCUGCUACGGCCGGUCUGAGGCCCGAGAGGGGAGGUGAAGGGAGUUCCCGGGCACCUUCCCGGAUCCCGGAGGAGACUGGGCCGGGCGGAGGGUGCGGAAAUGUUCUGCGGCCUUGGGAACCGGGCUUCGCACACUGCCUGGCCCCCUCCCCAAUCGGUAGCAUUUUGUAAGUAUUUGCAAUGCAUUUUCGUGCAAUUCAUCCCUAAUGGAUUUGAGGCGCUUCUCCUCUUGUUUCUGAUUUUGGUUACUAAGAGAAAGCAAGAAAAUGAUAACAUAUCCAGGUCAAAUAUUUUGGCUGAAAGCUUUUGUGAAAUGUGCAGCCCUAUCCCUAAAUUUGCAUUGCGCUGUGACUUUUUGGUUUUCUUUUUAUAGAAGAAAAGUAAGCGCAAAAUCUGAGUCCCUUUAGUUUACUCACUUUCUGUAGAAUAUCCAGAAUCCAGAGGGAAAGGAUUCAUAGGGUAGUACGAUUUCUGGAUUUCAGGGUGUGGUUCUUCCUCCCCACCCCUAACCAGUUACCUCUCUGGUUUUCAGAAUUCGAGCAGCCUCUCAGAGGAAUCCUGUUUUGGGCCUCUUUUCUCUCCGGGAAAAGUCUGGCAAUUAACCUCUUCAUCUGUCUCACUUUGUGAGCGAAUAAUUCUCUAAUUGUUUAAAGGGAAAAGUUAAAACAUCAAAAAUCAGGACUCUGAAAAUGGAAACAGUUCUACAUCUGUCGGAUUUGAGUGGUCUUAUUUAUUAGUAGCAUAUAUUUGGGGGAUUUCACUUAUCAGUAAAUUAUUAACAUUACUAUUAUUAGUUUGUUUCCUGUUUUUGAGAGAAUGGUUUCAAUAUUUUAAAAAAAACUGUAUCUUUGAUCCUCUCCCCUACAUUUUUAUUCUGCAGUAUCUAUUUUUGUUUUGAUCUGUGCAAUAUUGUACAAAAUUUCUUGAGAGCCCUGCUCCUUUCUUCAGGAGGAAAGAACUUUUUGGCAGUGUAAUCACAGAUACUUGUGUAGAAAGAGAAAAAUUAAAUAGAGAAAAAGGGGGAAGGAAGAAAACAAGGAUAGGUAGCAAUGCUCAAAGGAGUUAAAUAUACUGGAGCGCUUUAAGUGAAGGACAAUCAAUUUAGGAGAAUUUUAAU